AUGUCAAGAACAUUAGAUCGAUGGCAGGAGAGAGAUCUGCUCCCACUCUCAGAACAUUCAUUCAACAUAGAUGACCCAUCUAGAGAGCUGGAGCAAUUGCUCGAGUCCCACGAGUCAGCCAUCACCACGAUCGAGUUCCGCAUGGAUGAGCUGUGCGGAGCAUUGGAGUGCGCCAAGAUGGAAAUGAAACGGAUCGCAGAGGAGAGAGAAAAUUUGGACGACCUCGAGGAUAGCGUCCGACGCCUGAGGUUCCGACCCGAAGAUGAGACACCUACCCUCUGGGCUGGGACCCUCCAACACGACUUCUUCACCCGCACGUUCGCUGUCUCACCGAGCGACGAGGGCUACGACUGGGCCGCCCCUUCAGCUAGUGUUCCGAUCCCUGCUGAGUUCCUCACCUCGAUGACGCAAACCUCUCUCGUCGAGCCCAAGCGAAGUGACAAGAUCCCCAGCAACGCGCUCGAGUGGACGCUCCACCGCAUUGCCUAUGAGGUGAACAUCGUCCACGGCGUCAACGCCUGCAUGACAUACGUGCAGUCGAGAAGCGCACUGGCCUAUACCAUGAGACGGAGCUGGUUGAGACUCGCAAACCUGCCGGACUCCACGGUGAUCUCCCGUCACCGUAACCGUCGCCCUCGGGUGCGCUUCGUGGUCCUGGAGAGGGACAAACCGAUGAGUUCGGCGGUGGACACGGAGCUUUUAGCUUACUUGCGGUUCGGUCAUGAUACCGUCACGAUCCUCUGGAAGAUCUUCAUAGAAGCCCGACACGUGGAGCGACACCCAUGGGGCUGGAGGUCGGAUGAAGACUCUAGUGGCACGGAAAGCGGCUCGGGCGAGCAUGUUCCGAUGAAGGAGUAG